UUCAGGUAAAACACCUCUUCAACUCUUUAGAAGUACAAUAUAAAGUUCUUGAACUAGACAAACUAGCAAAUGGAGCAGAGAUCCAAGAAGCCCUUUUUGAAAUAACCGGACACCGUACCGUGCCAAACGUAUUCAUAAACGGGAAACAUCUUGGGGGCGCUGAGACGACAGUGAGAACCCACGAACAGGGCCGGCUAUUGAGUAUGAUCAUGCCACCCACACAGCAGUAUGACUACGACCUGUGUGUGAUCGGUGGUGGGUCUGGAGGCCUGGCUGCUGCUAAGCAAGCGGCAAAACUGGGGAAGAAGGUAGUUCUAUUGGACUUCGUGAAGCCCUCACCUAAAGGCACAACUUGGGGUCUAGGAGGGACGUGCGUCAACGUGGGAUGCAUACCGAAGAAGCUGAUGCAUCAGGCGUCGUUGCUGGGAGAGAGCCUGGUCGAUGCAAAGCACUUCGGCUGGCAAGUGAACAAGUCCGAGGGCGAUCGGCCGGCGCAAUAAGGAGACGAUCAUUACUGCCGAGCGCUUUGUGCUAGCGAUGGGAAUGCGGCCGCGGUACGAUAACAUCCCCGGCGUCAAGGAAUGCUCGAUCACUAGUGACGAUCUCUUUUCGCUGCCGUACAGCCCCGGCAAGACGUUGUGCGUGGGAGCCUCCUACGUGUCGCUGGAGUGUGCGGGAUUCCUCGCUGGACUAGGCAUGGAUGUCACUGUGAUGGUACGAUCGAUUCUGCUGCGUGGCUUUGACCAGCAGAUGGCAGAGAAAGUCGGCGCUUACAUGGAAAACCACGGCGUCAAGUUCAUUCGUGGGGCUGUUCCCACAAAGCUGGAGCAGAUUGAGGAAGGUCAACCCGGAGUGAUCCGAGUACACGCUAAGACCACGGAUGGAGAAGAUAUCGUCGGGGACUACAAUACCGUGCUUUAUGCGAUUGGCCGUGACGCGUGCACGACAGAGCUGGGACUGGAGAAGCUGAAUGUUCAACUGAACCCUAAGAAUAAAAAGAUAGUGUGCAACGAUGCAGACCAAAGCUCAGUAUCGCACAUCUACGCCAUCGGCGACAUAUUGGAUGGAAGACCAGAACUGACUCCAGUGGCAGUACAAGCAGGCAAACUCCUCGCAAAACGACUGUUUGGUGGCAGCACUGUUCUGACGGACUACGUCAACGUAGCCACGACUGUGUUUACGCCGCUGGAAUACGGAGCUUGUGGUUAUAGCGAAGAGGAUGCCAUUGACAAGUUUGGUGCCGAGAGUAUUGAGGUGUAUCACGUGAAUUUCUGGCCCUUGGAAUUUACUGUUGCACAGAAGAGUGAAAAGGACUGCUAUGCGAAGCUUAUCUGCAACAAACUGGACAGU